AUGGCGACGGCGACGGCCUCGAGGUCGACGGUGGUGAGGCGGAGGCGGAACGCGCUGGCACAGACGCUGGCGUCGCGGAGGCUUCCGGAGGGCGUGGCGGAGCCCGGGGAGCGGGUGCCCGAAGCCUUGGCCCCAGAGGUGAUGCCAUUCAUCCGCGCAGCCGACGAGGUCGAGCUGCUCAACUCGCGGGUCGCGUUCCUCUGUCGCAGAUAUGCCUACAAGAAAGUUCAAAGAAUGGAUCCAUCAUCCAUCCAACGUGGGGUUCGGCAGUUCAAAACAUACAUGUCACUUAAGCUAGAUCAGGAUGACAUGCAAUUUCCUUUAAAUGAUUCAAAGGAGAUCCAACGAUUUUAUAAGUACUACUGUGAAAAUUUGAGCAGAACCUCUGAAAAACAGAACUUUGAGGAAUUGGCUAGAUAUUACCAAGUGGCGUCUGCUCUUUAUGAAGUGUUAAGAGAUGUAACAAACAACAAGGUUGAUUCUGAGGUGAUGAAACGUGCUAAAGUAGUAGAGGAAAAGAGUGCUCAUUUCAAGAGUUACAAGUACAACAUAGUCCCCCUCAAUUUUCCUGGUUCUGCAGAAGCAGUUGUGGAACUCCCGGAGAUAAAAAGUGCUAUAGAUGUAAUACGUAACAUAGACGGUCUUCCAAAGCUACAGAUGUCUUCAAUGCAAAGGGAAGGAAAACCUAUCUGGGAUUUACUUGACUGGCUUUCGCUAGCAUUUGGAUUUCAGAAAUCGAAUGUGGAAAAUCAGAGAGAAAAUAUGGUGUUACUGCUUGCAAAUAUUAGCACAAGGACCUCAGGACAGGAAGGGCAUCCUUUGGUCGACACUGUGAAUGAUUUGUGGGACAAAAUAUUUGGAAAUUAUGGAUCAUGGUGUCACUAUUUGCAUGUUAGUUCAAGAAUCAUGAUCAAAUAUGAUGACACAGAACUAAAGAAGCAGCAGCUAAUGCUUCUCCACAUUGGAUUGUACCUUCUUAUCUGGGGUGAGGCUUCAAAUGUCCGGUUUAUGCCUGAGUGCUUAUUCUACAUAUUCCACCAUAUGGUAAAACAGUUGAAUCAAAUGGUUGAAGAAAGUUAUUUUCAACCACCACCUGGGUUUGAAGAGGAGGGAUCAUUCCUAAACAUUGUCAUUGAACCUAUCUAUAAGGUUCUGCAGAAGGAAUCACAAAGAAGUAAAGGUGGUACAGCUGGCCACUCAGCUUGGAGAAAUUAUGAUGACUUGAAUGAACAAUUCUGGUCAGAGAAAUGUUUUAUGAAGCUUGGCUGGCCAUGGGAUCUCAGUGCAGACUUCUUUCAUCAAGAGGUAUGUCAUAACUGUGCUUAA